AUGGACGGUCCUGAUCGUCUGCAACCAGGGAUGAAGGAGGGAGGAGGCGUCAGAUCCACAAGCACACCCGAAGCCACAUCUUUGUCUCUGUCCCCCCUGCUCAAUGGCUACGGCGCGGUUACGCGACCGUGGCGGGCUAGCGCCCAUUGCGGGCAAUUGGGCGACAACCUGAUAGUUCCCGGGGGGGUGAAGACCAUAGAGGCUCAUGGGAGAAUGGUGUUGCCCGGGGGGAUCGACGUGCACACCCGGUUCCAGAUGCCGGACCGGGGCAUGGUGUCGGCAGACGACUUCUACCAGGGCACCAAGGCGGCGCUGGCGGGGGGGACCACGAUGAUCAUCGACCACGUGGUGCCGGAGCCCGGCGUCAGCCUGGUGUCAGCUUUCAAACAGUGGAGGGAGUGGGCCGACAGCAAGUGCUGCUGCGACUACUCGCUGCACGUGGACAUCACCGAGUGGAACAAAGGCACCCAGGAGGAGAUGGAGGCCCUGGUGAAGGAUCAUGGUGUCAACUCUUUCCUGGUCUAUUUGGCUUAUAAGGAUGUUUUCCAACUUUCUGACUCUGAGAUCUAUGAGGUGUUCAGCGUCAUCAGAGACCUCGGAGCCAUUGCACAGGUGCAUGCUGAGAAUGGAGACAUCAUUGCAGAGGAGCAGAGACGUAUUCUGGAGCUGGGGAUCUCCGGCCCUGAAGGCCACGUGCUCAGCCGCCCAGAGGAGGUGCUGUGGUUUACGGAGAGCCCAUAUCGGCCAGCUUGGGUACGGAUGGGACUCAUUACUGGAGCAAGAACUGGGCCAAGGCGGCCGCCUACGUCACGUCUCCUCCGCUCAGUCCCGACCCCACCACCCCCGACUACCUCAACUCUCUGCUGUCCUGGUGACGGGCAAGAUGGACGAGAACCAGUUUGUGGCGGUGACGAGCACGAACGCAGCCAAGAUCUUCAACCUGUUCCCCCGUAAGGGCCGCAUCGCUGUGGGCUCGGACGCCGACCUCGUGCUCUGGGACCCGGACGUCACCAAGAUCAUCUCGGCAAAGAGCCACAACCUGGCCGUGGAGUACAACAUCUUCGAGGGCACGGAGGUGCGCGGCGGGCCGGUGGUGGUGAUCAGCCAGGGCAAGAUCGUGUUGGAGGAGGGCAGCCUCCACCCCACGGAGGGCUGCGGCCGCUACGUCAGCCGCAAGCCCUUCUCCGACCACGUGUACAAGAGGAUCAAGGCUCGCAGCAGGCUCACAGAGGUGCGAGGCGUCCCCCGGGGCCAGUACGACGGGCCGGUGUGUGAGCUGACCGUGACUCCCAAGCUGACGUCCACCGUCCCGCAGUGAAGACGGCUCCCGUGAAGCAGCGCCCGCAGAAGGUCCCUCACCAGCCGGUGCGCAACCUGCCACCAGUCUGGCUUCAGUCUGUCUGGGGCUCAAAUUGACGACAACGUUCCUCGUCGCAACACCCAGCGCAUCGUGGCUCCGCCGGGGGGGAAGGCCAACAUCACCAGCCUGGGAUGAGUCCCCUGCUCCGCCGGGCCGGGGCUGCAGGGCCACGCGGGACCAGAGACCGGCUGUCCUCACAUCUGGUCACAUCUGCACCCCCCCGCACACAUCUGGUCACAUCUGCACCCCCCACACACACACACACACACACACACUCACUCUAUCCAUUCUUCUUCCUCACUACCGCUCCGUCACUUCAUGCACACUCACAACGAGCGUUAUUCCAUUUCCUAUUUCCUGUUUCCUGUUUCCUGUUUCCUGUUUCCUUCCAUGUUCCAUUGUCACGGAAGGAUCAAGUGAAUUAAAGCAGCUUUUCUGUUGCUUUUUUUAUUUUUAUUUUUUUUUCACCCUCUCAAGGAGGAUUUUAUAAAUAUAUAUCGGCGAUAAUACAGCACAGAAAUGUGGUUUAGAUAUUGCAAGAUUCAGCAGAAACUCCGCUUCCGCGCCCGUUUUGAAAUUUAUUUUUUAUUGCGAGAUCAGACAAGCGAAUUAGUAGUAGUAUAAAUUAAUUUAAAAAAAAUAGGUAAAACAAAUAACAAUACUAACAAUAAAUUAAU